GACGGGAGUAGCUCUGCUAUUGGUCGGCCGCUGGGAUGCGCUGUUUUUAAAGCAGAGAUCGGAGUUUAGAGCGGAGGUUUGUGUGUAGUCAGUAACCGGUGGUGGUGAGUGACCAGGAGCCGGUACGGGAGUCUACUAGGAUGUCUUUUCCUAAGGCGCCUCUAAAGCGGUUUAACGAGCUUGUUGGCUGUGCUCCAGCUCCAGGAUCCUAUGAUGUAAAGAUUUCAGAUGGCCUUAAAGGACCAGUUUCAUUUGAGAAAUCUCACAGGUUUAGAUCUAAGAAGGAGUCAGAAAGUUGCAGUGUGGAUCGAGAUGAGGAACCUUCCUCCCCUGCUCGGCUUCGCAAGCAUUCUUCUCUUGGAUCAACACCUAACUUGAGACAGAAACCUGAGAGAGACACAGAAUAUGUACGAGAGAUUAAGAAACAAAAGGCAAUGGAGAAAGAGAUCCGUGCUCUGUUAAAAGAACGUGCUGAGCAAGACAAGAAACUUCAACUCUUGGAGGAAGAGUUCAAAAAGACUGAGCUUAAACUGGUAUCGGCUAUGCGAGAGAAAACAUCACUUUCUGCAAGCAUUGUUUCUUUGGAAAGACAAAUGGUGGACCUGAACAAAGCAAAUGAGCUCUUAAAAACCAAGUUUUCUGAUGACAGCUCAAAGCGAAAAAUUAACAGUCUUUAUGCAGAACUGAUAGAAGUGAAAAAUAAAGUGGAUGGAAAAGACAAGGAAAUCGGUUGUCUUCAGGUGAACUUUGAAGGACAAAUUCAGACACUACACGCAAACUUGGCUGCAUCAAAAGCUGGUUUGCAAUCUUUGACAGAAAAGAAUAAACUUCUAGAAGAGAGUCAACAGGAAGCAGCGAUACACAAUGGAGUCUUGGAGAAAGAACUUGAGCAUGCACAAGGGGUAAUUGAAGAAUUGAAAAGUGAGAAUAAGAAUCUUGAGGAAUACCUAUCAAAUGCCCAUGAAACGAUGCAGGAUCUCAAACUACAAAUGAGUGCCCAAGAAAGAGAAUAUGAAAGCAAACUACAAACUGCAGCAUCUCAGAUAUCUGAGCAGAGUCAGGCCCUUUCUAGACUGGAAGACAUGGAACAUAAACUACUAGAGGCCCAAAUAAAGUUAGAAGAGGCCUUACAAAAAGUUACUCUGCUGCAAGAACAGCUUGCUGAAACAGAAAAGGAAAGGAAUAAGUUGGUGGAGGAAAAAGCGGAGACUGAGAAGAAACUGACAGCUACUCUGGAGCAGAUGAGUGAUGUCAUUUUGCAAGCUGAAAACUACAAGCUGCUCAUGGACAAAGCUGAGGAGCGUUUAAAGGAGAAAGAGCUGGAACAAAUAAGCCAAAGAGAGAGCUUCACCCGCAAGGAAGAGGAAUUAUUGGCCAAAAUUAGAGAGCUGGAGGACAAGUAUAUUGUAAUGCUGCAAGAAAAGGAAACUCUUUUAACUGAAAGCAACAUGAAAGAAAACAGUUUAUCUGCAGAAUUAGAAGCCUUAAAGCAGAAAAUGAGCCUAGGAGAUGGGCAGUGUGAGAUCUUACAAAAGCGAGAGGAAGAGCUGAAAAUGCUGGUGCAGAAGGAAAUGGAAAUUUCCACUGCUCUUAAACUGGAACUGCAGAAAGUCCAAGAGGAAAUGUUGAAAGAGAGGAGCCUUCUCGAAGAUGAACUAGAGGGGGCGCUGGAUGAACUUGAUAGACUUCAACAACAAGAGGAAGAAGCAGAGAAAAUAAUUCUCCAACUAGAGCAAGUCAACAGAGAGAGAGCCGAGGAGCUGGCUCACCUAGAAGACACUUUAAAAGGGAAAAAUCAAGAGUUGGAAAAAGCCAGACAAAAGCAUAAAAUAAAAAAUUCAAAGUUGAAAGAAGAACAUGCUAGCGCUUUGUGUAAACUUUCUGAAUAUGAAAGUUUCCAGGUUUCAGCAACAACAGAACUUGAGUCUCUAAAAUCGACUAAUGCUCUCUUACUUGAGAAGAUUGCUCUUACAGAAGAAGAUGGUAAAAGGCUACAUCAAGAUCUUGAAAGUGAAGUAAAAGGAAAACAAGAGUUGGAAUUGCAAAUCUGUAAACUGAAAGCAGAGUCCAUCCAAACUAAGGAAGAGUUAGAAAACAUGUUACUUGAGCUCCAGGAGUCAUUGAACACAGAAAAAAGACUAAAUGAGCAGCUUGUUGAGCUUCACGAGGCCUCGGUAAAACGUGAGGGUGAGUUAAAACUGCAACUUCAUGAGCUCGAGGUGUCUUCUACCAAGACUAAGGAAGAGUUAGAUCAACAACUCAUCGAGCUUCAGAAAUCCUUGGCAAAAGUUAAGGAAGACUUGCAACAACAGCUUCUCAUCGUCCAGGAAUCCUCAGAGAAAACUAAAGGUUUGGAACAGCAGCUUCUCAAGCUCCAAGAAUCCGCUAAAACUAAGGAAAGAUUAGAACAGCAACUCCUUGAGCUCCAGGAAUCCUCAGAGAAAACUAAAGGGUUGGAACAAAAUCUCCAGGUAUCCACAACAAAAACUAAAGUAUUAGAGCUGCAGCUUCUCCAGCUCCAGGAAUCUUCUGGUCAGACUAUGGGAAGACUAGAACAACAGAUUACUGACCUCAAAGGGGAAAAGGAGGUAUUGGAGCAGCAGUUGUAUGAGCUGCAAGAAACUUCAUGCAAAACUAAGGAACAAUUGCAGCAGCAGUUGGAGCUUCAGGACAUUGCAAUUAAAACUAAAGAAAUGUUGGAGAAAAAACUUUCUGAUCUACAGGAAAACUCAAAGAGCACAAAGGAAGGACUAGAGAAACAGCUCUCAGAUCUGCAAGAUUCAUCAAGCAAAACAGUGUUUGAGUUGGAGCUUCAGGUACUUGAGUUGCAGAAAGAAGCUUCCAAAACAAGAAAUGAAAUGGAGAGAAAAAAUAAAGAACUGUUGGAGAGAGAAAUUCACGAGCUGAACAUUGCUUCUAAUAAAAUCAGGAAAGAACUGGAGCAGCAAAUUCAUGAGCUACAAGAAUCCACAAAGACAACAAAUGAAUUGUUGGAGAAGCAAGUUAGUGACCUUCAGAAGACCUUGGUUACAACAGAACAUGAGCUGGAUGAGCGAAAUGGUGAACUUGAAAGUCUUAAAUCCCAGUUCAAAGAGCUGCAAGAGGAAUAUUUAAGUAAAAAAUCGGAAUCUAAUGAGGCGCUUUUGUCGGAAGCAAACAAGUGGCGUACAAUGUUUGAAGAGUUGCAGAAUAAAAUCCGUCCAUUUCAGCAACAAUUGGAUGCAUUUGAAGCUGAGAAAAAUGCUUUACUUAAUGAACAUGGAGCAGCCCAGGAUGAACUGAACAAACUUAGUGAAGCAUAUGCCAAGCUGCUUGGGCAUCAGAAUCAAAAGCAGAAGAUUAAGCACGUCAUGAAGCUGAAGACAGAGAACACUCAGCUUAAGCAGGAGGUGACCAAACUAAGAGCACAGCUUUCAAAGGAGAAACAAAUGGAAAAGCAGCAAUCUCAAUUAAAAGACCAACAAGGUGUAAAGAGAUUUGAUUCAUCUAAAGCAUUCCAGCAUGACGUCAAGGAAAAUGUGUAUCCUAAAGCCCCAUUAAGAGAAGGAAACAGAAACAAGUGCUGAGGAGCGAUUUCCACAUGUACAAUGUGUUACUAUUCUGUUACUGUAUAUUUAGUCACAUAAAAUAUGCAAUAUAAUCAUGUAAAUAAGUUUUAAAAUUUCACAUAUGCACUUUUAUUGUUUUUUAAUAAAGAUUUUACCAAUGUAUAAGACUGGUUGC